AUGUCAAACAACAUUUCAAGCUUGUUGUUCCGUUCGAUCCCGCAAGGAAAGGGUCAAAUGCACCUAAGAUUCUAUAAAGUGGAAAAACGGGAUUUACGAGAAAAAACUAUUGGUAGACCCAAAGACAGCAAUGGAUUAUCCAUCAACUUUACUUUCCGGUUCUCAAAGGCUAUGAAACCCGUUAUCACUGAGUUUCUAUUGGUCGCAGGCAUGCUAGGUUGUGGAACACCCCAAUCUGUCAAUAGUGCAUCCGAAUCCCAUUUCGAAAUCCAGCUUUGCUUAUCCAUCAGAGGAUCGACUGUGUGCCCCACCUGUCCAGUAAAUUCAGUGGUCGUAUACUAUCGGCGGAAUGCCACAGAGGAUAGUCAGUGGGUGGGCCUCAAUCCAAUAGGACUUGUAGCGGACUAG